AUCAAAAAGCUAGCUUCCUUUCUCUUCUUAUUCACCAUGGUGAGAACUGAUAUAGAGAGUGUUUGGAUCCUUGCUCUUGCUUCCAAAUGCCGAGCUUUUACAGAGGAGAACACUGCAUGGUCGCUCUUGAUCAUAGCUGCAGCCUGGUUAGUGAUGACUCUAAUCUACUGGGCUCACCCCGGUGGUCCGGCUUGGGGAAAAUAUAGGCUCAAGAGGUUCCUCAUCGCAUCUAAGCCAAUUCCGGGUCCUAGGGGGUUGCCUCUAAUUGGCAGCAUGGAGCUCAUGGCUAGCUCCCUCGCGCACCACCGAAUCGCAGCUGCUGCUGAGACAUGCGGCGCCAAGAGACUCAUGGCGUUCAGUCUUGGCAAUACCCGCGCAAUUGUCACAUGUAAUCCGGAUGUGGCGCGGGAGAUCCUUAACAGCUCGGUUUUUGCUGAUCGUCCUGUAAAGGAGUCGGCCUACAGCUUGAUGUUCAAUAGAGCAAUUGGGUUCGCUCCUUAUGGUAUUUACUGGCGGACUCUUAGGAGAAUCGCCGCCAAUCACCUUUUCCACCCAAAGCAAAUCAAAAGCGCUGAGGUUCAGAGACAAGCUAUCGCAUCUCAAAUGGUGGACAUAUUUGGCGUCUACAGACAGAACUUCCGCGUUCGCGAUGUACUUAAACGUGGUUCGCUGAACAACAUGAUGUGUUCAAUAUUUGGACGGAAAUAUCGAUUGGACUCCACCGGUUGCAACAUUAAUGAAGUUGAAGAACUGAAGGCUCUGGUUGAUGAAGGAUACGACCUACUCGGGAAGCUAAACUGGUCGGACCACCUACAAUGGUUAGCAGAUUUCGACCCUCAAAAAAUCCGGUUUCGGUGCUCGAGACUCGUCCCCAAGGUGAACCGUUUCGUUACCCGAAUUAUCGCAGAACACAGAGCCGAUACAAGCGAGAAAACUCGAGAUUUCGUCGACGUUCUGCUGUCUCUUCAAGGCGCCGACAACUUGUCAGACUCGGACAUGAUCGCCGUUCUCUGGGAAAUGAUAUUCAGAGGGACUGAUACCGUGGCGGUUUUGAUCGAGUGGAUACUAGCGAGGCUGGUGCUUCAUCCUGAUAUUCAAUCGAGGGUCCAUGAUGAGCUUGAUAAAGUCGUGGGAAGAUCAAGGGCCGUUGAAGAGUCUGACAUCCCGGAGAUGGUGUAUCUACCGGCUGUCAUCAAGGAAGUUCUGAGGCUACACCCUCCGGGUCCACUCCUUUCAUGGGCCCGCUUAGCCAUCAAUGAUACCGACAUUGAUGGGCAUCACGUGCCUGCGGGGACCACAGCAAUGGUAAACAUGUGGGCCAUAACUAGGGACCCAGAUGUGUGGGCGGACCCCCUCGAAUUUAUGCCCGAAAGAUUUGUGAACAAGGAGGGCGACGUGGAGUUUUCUGUGCUGGGGUCGGAUCUUAAGCUGGCUCCUUUCGGGUCGGGUAGACGAACGUGUCCCGGCAAGAACUUGGCACUGACGACGGUCAGCUUUUGGGUGGCGUCGCUGUUGCACGAGUUUGAUUGGCUGCCGUCGGAUUCGAACUCGGUUGACUUAUCGGAGGUGUUAAGGCUGUCCUGUGAAAUGGCUAAUCCCCUGUCCGUCACAGUGCGGCCCAGGCGUGGAUUAGACUUGUCUAACUGUGGCAAGAGCAGUGCUUGGGGCACCCGCUUUUUGCACUCUCCGGCCAACACUUCCCCUUGCAUUGGGCCACGUAAGCUUCUUUAAAACUUUCAGGCGCAACUUCUGGGAACCAAAAUAACGUGGCCCAAUAAAAGAGAAAGUGUUGGCCGGAGAGUGCAGGAGACAAGUGCCCCUAGGCCCUAGCAUUGCUCAACUGUGGCAAUUAGUAAUAACAAUAAUAAUAAUAUAUGCGUGUGCAAUGCACAGGUUAAAUACUCAAUCUAGUCCCUCAACUUUUACUUUUGAAUCAAAACUAUUCUUAAAC